AUGGAUCCCCUCUCCGUGACGGCGUCCAUUGCGGGCAUCGCAGGAGUCUGCGUUCAGGCAGGCCAUUUCCUCGACACCCUUCGUACCAAGUUCCAAAAUUCCCACGUCACUAUCACAGCGCUUUCGUCGCAGUGCCGCGCGAUCAAGGCAGGAUUAUCGCAGCUACAAACACUCGUACUUCAGAACCACACGAUUCGCGACCGGCCUGAUGUCAUCGAAACUCUCGAUACGACGCUCAUCGGAUGCUUGGUGGUGCUGACGUGCUUUGAGGAUUCCCUCGACAAGCUAUGCGAUGAGGCAGCUCUGAUGGAAUCUCGUCGCUCGCUCGCGAGGAAAUGGUGGAGUAGGACACACAUCGUGUGGAAUGAGGACGAGAUGAAGAACUACCUAUCGCUUCUUCAGGGGCAGCAAUCCGCCGUGGCCUUCCUGGUCCAGAUCCUCCACAUGAACUCCAUUGACGAAAUUCUGGAGGGUAUCGGAAACGGAAAGGGCCUUCUCGACAAGCAAGCAACCAAGGCUGAGUCUUUGCGAUAUGCGAAUCCUCAACUCCAGAUUGCCGAGUCCGUCCUGGGCUCUAAGAACACUGCCGACAGUAUUUUCCGGGGUGGGGAUACCGUGGCCGAAGGUACGGAGUUCCAGUUCGACAAUGCUGUCGUCGACUCCAAAGCCUACCGCCGUGUUAUGGCCAUGGCGAAAGAAGUUGUUACGAAGAAAAGCGCCCAGAGGCCGGGGUCGAUCAUGAACCUCGAGAACAUGAGUUUUGACUCGAAAACCCAAUCGCCUCGGCCGAUCUCACCACUACCGUCUCCGAACUUGAAAUCUGAGGAUCUUCAGCAGCGCAAGCCCAGCUCCGACACCUCGGCGGCCACACCGAACAGAGAGGAUCCCGAUUUGCUUCAUGCGACUCAUGGCGUACCAACAAGCUUGGAUGUCCUCAAAUCACAGCAUGGUCAAACUAGGGUAUACGAUGUUGAUUACUUUGACAUGCGGUGCCAACAACUCUUCAAGGGUGUCAAUCAGUGGGUUUUACGCUUUUCAAAAUUUUCCGACAUGCGCGCCAGUCGUCUCUCUUCAGAGAUCAAGGAUGAGAGAAUCCUCGAUAGGCUAGACAACUCCGUUCUCGACGGCUCGGAUGUUGACACGUACCUCAACGACCGAGUCAAGCGACGUGACAUCUUUGCCUCAAUGGUUAUGACCAUGAUAUGGGAAUACAUCUUUACGCGCUACCUCUUCGGGAUGGAUCGGGAGCAGCGCCUGAGACUGAAAACCCUGGAGAAGCAGCUGUCGGACAUCGGACCACCGGCGACCAUUCACGCCUGGCGAGCCACUACGUUGGGUUUGCUUUCCAAAAGACCACCGUUCCAAACGCAACGGGAUCAGGAUGCCCUGGCUGUUGCGGAGUCAAUUCUGGACACCUUGUCGCAAAUUCUACCACCUCCGUCAAACUUACUGGACCAGGUCCGGGGUGCAGCUUCGCAGAAGUCAUCAAUGAUGCAGUAG